CAAGACAGAUCGAGUUCAGCUCCUUAUUUUAUUUUAGCACAUUAUACCAGCAAUGACAGCAAAAGCCAAACUUUUGCACUGGUCAAAUGGAAAAUUUCGCGAAGGACCGGAGGAGUUUACGCUCUCUGAACAUCCGAGGUUGACCCGCAGUGACCCACGGGCCUGGAUGACCUCCGCGACCCCCGCGUACUCACCCGCAGGUGACCACUACGCACACACGUCGGUGGAUGCUGCGAUGGACAAGUACAUGUCUGGAGGCAGCAGUCCUUUGACAGCGGAAUCUGACCUGGGAGGAUCUAAAUCACAUGGUGGGACCAAGCAAAAUCUCACCGGACCUCAAAGACACAGACGUGUGGCCGCUAAUGCGAGAGAAAGGCGGCGGAUGCACGGACUGAACCGGGCGUUUGACAAACUGAGGAGCGUCAUUCCUUCUUUGGAGAAUGAGAAAAAACUGUCUAAAUAUGACACCCUUCAAAUGGCGCAGAUUUACAUCACAGAACUGUCCGAGUUGUUGGAAGGUGUCGUGCAGUCAGAGUGCAGAGGUCUGCGGGACGGAUGCGGCGCGUCUGGUAACCAUGGUAACAUUGGACAGAGGAGUUCAGCUCAGACUUUGAGGACCAGCAUCCCUUACGCAAUGGACGCACCUUCUUCUAAUUUUACUCCUGAGAAAAAUGAUGUCACGUCAAAUGCGAGUGAUGGCGAGUCGUCUCAUUUCAGCGACAUCGAAGAAGGACAGACUGGAGGACGCUGAUGGCUUUGAUGGAUUGGCUUUGAG